CUUAGCCAUACCCCUGCCCCACCCUAACCCUACUUGUCCCCAUACCUCUAACCCCCCUACCCUCUAUGCGUACCCUACCUAACCCAACCCUUACCCCUGUAAGCAACAAACAAGUAAGCAAACAUAGUAAAGAUCUGCUUGCUUGCUUAAUGUAAUCACAACCGGCUGGAACACAAACAUAGUAAGCUAAAUGAGGUGUUACCGUGCUGGGAGAUCGACAAUGAUUGAAACACAACAUUGUGCAGCGUGAUGGGGUCAAAGACGCACAACGCAGCAGUCUCUUUCUGAUGAUCAAUGGAGUGUGCUGGAAAGGGGGGCCGAACACCAUGCUCAGGCCAUGCCACUAGACACUGUGGGCGCUGCCGAGCCGUUGCAUACUGCUCAAUCUCUCACCAGGUUUCACAUCGGAGUGCUCAUAAGAAAGAGUGCAAAAGGCUAGAACAACAAAUGAAUGGCGCCAAUGUUCUUAAUGAUUUCCCUUUCACCUUUACUGUAGAAGCUACAACUAAGGUGUGUGAUCACAGUCUAUCGAGGUGUUCAUUCUUAGUAACUCAGGGAGUUCAUCACGUGGGAAUGUGGACAUGGGAGUGUGCGUGUGGUCCGCCAGUUGAUUCGUUAGAUGUAUCAAGGCAUAGUGAUGGAUGGAAUCUUUCGAGCAUGCUAUGCCCUUGUAAAGGGCCAUCCUCACCAAUGAUAAAGUGUAUUAGUAAUUGGAAGGAAUACUACGAAUGGAGGUGCAUCCCACUAAAUUCUCCUGUUGCAUUACUUCUUCACUGGCCACUAACAGUGUAUUGGGCCAUUGAACUUGCAAAGAUGAGAAGCCUGGUUUCUGAAAUUGUUAGCGAGAUUCACAUACAUUAUUUAGGUCCAGAAAAAGAACUUUGUCAGCUUGCUGUCUUUGGUGAACUGCGUGUGUUUUUCCCUGGAAUGAGGAUGCAUAUAUAUUUUGUUGGAAAUUCAGUUCCACAAGACAGGGAUGGAGAGAAAAUUGAUCUUUACAGUUACUGUCAAUGUGCUGAGACGGACUGUGAAUGCAAAUAUUUAAAUACCAGUUGUGACUCCUACACACCCACCGAUAAUUCUUAUCCAGUCACAUUACAUCUGUAUUCCGGUUACUAUCACGAUCGUUACAGAGAUCUAUCAAAGGAUUCUUUUCCAAACUUAAUUAUUGCCCCAAAUGCCGGCAUUGCUGCUUACAGGAGCUGGUUACCUACGAUUGAGCUGAUAAAAGAGAUGAGAGUUCCUGCAAUUUUCUCUGAUUAUUGUGAAGAAGCUUGUGUCCUAGCGACAAGUUGUAUAAACUCAAUAAGUGGCUCCCGUCCAAGUAUUCCUAUUCAGUUAAAUCCCUUCAGACAACCUCUUGCAGUUGAAGACAGUGCUCUGUUCCUCCCUUGCUACUCCAAUUGUUUUCUUUUUGGCAUUUGAAUUGAAUGAACACUUCUUGUGUUUUGGGACCGUGUUUCUUUCCCGCGCAUGGAUUUGUAGUUUGUUGCCACGAGAUCUAUAUCCGGCGCAAAGCUUGCCUGCUAUUACGUAGUAGUACCUCCGCCCUAGGGACAUGAGGGACGUGGUUAUUAAGAAAAGUAAGUUUAUGUGGUUGAUAUUGAAUAGAUAAAGUAAAAAAGAUUUAGAGCCACACAAACUUUGUCAAAUUUGGUCUGAGAUAAUCUUAGUUGGAUUUCUUGAAAAGGAAAAAUAGGUCAAUCUUAGCGGGAGGGAGUAUAUAUUUUCAUGGAAUUGCAAACGUCAAUUCAUUUAUAGAUACUAAUUAUCGAUUCUCUAAGAGAGCUCUUUGCUCUUUUGGUAAGGAUAUUUUCAAAUGGACUCAAAUUAACUGG